CAGGAAGUUAAAAAGUGUAUCAAUGGCAGAAAUACAGAGAACUUGCUGUAACUAAUUCACUGUUUUAUACAUGUAUCUCCAACCUUUGCACAAACAUAAAAUCCUAUAUGUGAUGGUUUAUGUGUUUUUACAUAGAAGAACAAAGGGAUCAUUGAUCAGCCAGUCCUGACAUUCGUGAUUUCUUAGUGAGUAUACUAAUGAUUUUCUUUUGGUAUUGGUAUAAAAAGAGGGCUGAGCAUGUGUUCCAAUUAUUAUUCAAAACAUAUGAGUAAAAGCAAUUGUUUGAAAAUGCAUUUUAAAUGUAAAGUUCAAAUUGUCUGUAGAAAUAUGUUUACUCUUUAUAGAGGUGUCUGCAUUGGCAGAUUGAUUUAAAAAUACACUCCACCGUAAUCCUAAUAAUAUGUUAUUUUGUCGUUCUUAGUGUGAUUGCUUUCAGUAUUAUUCUGUGUUAUUGAAAAGAGAGUGUAAAAAAAAAUAUGGAAUUGGGGGUUUGUUCACUAAACGAUUAGUUGUAAGAUGUUUGUCCAUGAAGGCAAGGCGUUGUAUUUAACUUAUAGUGCAUUUUGGGUGACCUGAUCAAGUCGGAUAUAGUAGAGUUUGAUCAAAUUUCUAAUGCAGACCCAAUGGAAGUUUUCCAAAACGCUUCUUGUUUUGCCUAAAUUUGGCAGGAUAAUUUUUUUGUUGUUUUUAAUAAAAUUCUCAUUUUUGUGAGAAGACUGUAGAGUAUGUAGCUACAGACUGCUACAUUGUGCAAUCACAAUGCUAUGUUUUAAAUAAGUGUUUUUUGAUCACCUCUAAAAAUUUUCUGCAUUCACAAGUGAGCAACCUUAUUACAGUAGUAUUUAAAAUCUCUAUAUUUUUGGAGCGGUUAGGAGUUCCCUUGUAAUAAGGGGAGUCUAGGUUAGGGGGGACUUAGCAUACAGAGGCUUAGCGUUAUGGAAGAUUUAAGGUAGAAGUUGUCAGCUUUCGACAUUCCUGGGAAAUCUAACCGUUAUUCAAAGCGAGGUGAAGGUCUAAGUUCCCAAAACACUAUGUAUCCCUAAACUUUCUGCAUACUAUAAUAACUCUUGACUUUUUAAAGUCAGCAUUGUGAUAUGGCCAUUUUAAAGCCUUAUUUUGCUUAUAAUAUUUAUGAUUUCAUGCAUUUUGCUGUGGGAAAUUGUAAACGUGGUCUACAAUGAUUAGGGGACUGUUAUAUACGCUAGUAUAGCUAUGUAUAUUUGUAAUUUUGAUUCCUUUUUAUAUUUAUUUUAUUUCUUUAUGCCUGGUGAUGCGUUGAUGAGAUAUAUUUUCCUCUAAGCCACUUUUUUAAAAAUCUUUUAUAUUAUGCUUUCACUUUACACCUUUCCUUCUGUUAAUUGUGUUUUGUCACUCUCUCUCUGCAGAUCGUUAUUACCCUGGUCUAGCUGGCAUCGUCUCUGUGCUGGGCGAGCUGUGACAUGCCCGUGUUGCUACGCUCAGACAAUGCAAGAUGGACUCCCAGUGGGUGGGAACCAGCACAGAGGAACCAGUCAGUCCCUCAUCUCCCAUUGCAGGGGACAGGCUCGUUCUGGAGUAUCGCUCGGACGGAUGCGAGUGCUUUCUACAGCUGACAGAGGCAAAGAGAGGUGAUCUUGAACAGGUUGAAAUACUCCACCUUAGCAGCAAUAAUGCACAAAUCAGUCAGGCUGUAGGUGCAUUGCAUAUCCUCCAUGAGCUCCGUGUCUUGGUCUUGAAAGGUGAGAAUAUAAUUAUUCCAUUUUGCUCGUAGAAUAGUAGUAUUCAGCAUCUUAAUUUCUGUUGCAUGAUCUUGCUGUUUACACAAUAAUAGGGUAACCAAGAAUACAUUUUUUUUUUCAGAAAAAAAAGCAGCAAUGAUAUAUUUCACCGUUCUGAAACAAUUUGUGGAAUUCAUGGUUCUAUAGAAAAAGCAGGUGGUCUGUAGAGAUAUAGAUCCCAGAAGCACACUCUAUACACAUUCAGGGUUAUUCACUGAAGUAAGAAUUCUAUGUGAAUUUCAAAUUUAAAUCAACAUUUUCCAAGUCAUCUAUGCUUUCAGCGUAAAAUGUGAAUUUCACUUUGAAUUCUAACUUUAAUGAAUAACCUUUAUUAUUAUUAUUUUUUUUUUUAAAGCCUCCGGUAGCUGCCUUUCUGACAGCCACUACAGGAGCUUCCUCCUCCUGAAGCGAGUGAAACUCAGACCUGGAAUCAAACGCUGCCAAUAACAGCAUUUGGUUUGAAGAGCAUAACGCUUGGUGGGGCAUGCAUAGUUCCAAUCCAUUGGUUCUCUAUGAGAAGCAAUGGAUUGGAGGAAAUCGCAGGUGAUGUCAGCUUGGGUGCUGACAUCACUUGGGGAGAAGCUGGAGGCUGCAGUGGAGGAGCCGCGGUGCUGGGAACAAGGUGAGUAAACAUUAUCUAAUCUAAUUUUACAGAGCAAAGGGGGGUGGGCAGUGAUGGCAAACCUGUAAGGGAACAUGUAGUCCUGAAAUUAUACAAUUGUAAUUUUUGGGACUAUAGGUUCCCUUUAAGGGGUAAAUAAACUGCUCCUCUGCACAAAUGUACUGUGUCAACAACUUCAAUAUGUCAUGCGUAAUGAAGUUGUUUUGCACCAGUAGUUUAAGUGUAUAUUGGUGAGCUUUCUAUUUUUAAUCUCUGCUGUUUGACUGGUAUUGAUGGGUUUUCAUUUUCUCAGAUAUGCCAGUCUGAUUUACUACCGAUUAUUGUAACUCAUCAGGUAUAAGGUGCAGUAUGUGCAACGGAUGCUACAAAUCAACUUGUUCAUGUAGCUGUGCAUAGAUCAGGGGUGCCCAGUAGGUAGAUCCCCAGAUGUUUGGAAACUACAGCUUCCAUGAUGCUUUGUCAUUUUAAAGGUAUGCAAAGCAUCAUUGGAGUUGCAGUUCUACAACAUCUGGGGAUCUACCAUUUGGGCACCCUUGGUCUCUAGAUUAUGUCAUUGCUUAAAGGGGAACUGUGAGUUCCUAAAUUUUUUAAUAGUAUGGUUACUGAUUCCCCAUAUAUAACAAACACACAUGUGUGCGGUGUAAUAAAAUAAAAGUAUAUGAAUAAAUCUACAUUUAUCCAGCAACUGAGUGCCUCCAUCUUAGCUCCCUGUCAAUCAUUAUUAUACCGUCUGUCUUUGUGUUGGGAAGUCUGUAUAGAGAAAGCAUACCUAGAAGAGGAGAAAUUAAACAAUGUUUAUAUGUUGUCUUUGCCCUGUCUGAAAAUGGAGCAUCUCAUGAAAACACAGGUUAUAAGACAUUUUCAAAGUUAUUUUCAAUGUAAGUACCAAUUAAAGAGAUGUGGAUUUGAACAACAAAUUUUCAUUUUUACAGUCUAACAAAAAUAAAAAUACAUUUUGUAUAUAAAGGGAUAGUUAAACAUAAUAAUAUAAAAAAUCCUUGGCAGUUUUAUUUUAAAUAAUAAUUAUAAACUUAUAAAAGCUUUCCUUUAAACUUAAGGACACAUGACGUGUGACAUGUCAUGAUUCCCUUUUAUUCCAGAAGUUUGGUCCUUAAGGGGUUAAAAGAUAACAGUUUGGGAAUAAGUAUGGUAAUCAUAACCUGUAUUAUCUUCCUUUUUAUCACACCACAGGUGGACUAGCAAGAGAUGAGCUAGGCAAAUGUCAGCAUGGAUUACUGACCUCUCUUCCAUCCGAGCUCUGUAACCUGAAAAGACUCACCUACCUGGACCUUAGCUAUAACAGUUUCACAGAACUACCAUCCUGCCUCACAUUCCUCACUAGUCUAUCAGAACUUCAUCUUUCCUGCAACCACCUUAGAACUCUCCCAGAAGACAUCAGUAACCUGGUCAACUUGACAUACCUCUCUGUUAUGUUCAACCAAUUGACUGAGAUACCAGCAGCUAUUGGACAACUUCGGAAACUGGAUAAAUUGUACCUGUCUGGGAACAAACUGGAGUCUCUCCCAGAAGAGAUAGGCUGUCUGAAAGUUUGCACUGAGCUGGACCUGUCAGAUAAUUGCCUUACAGGUGUUCCCGAAACACUGUGUGAGUAUUUCUUACAAACACAAUUUUAAAAGUUGAGUGAUAGGUGAGACCAGGAAAACCUACAUACAGCAUGUUUUCCUGUUCUCUGUCGCAGAAACUACAACAGUAUCAAAAUUACUGACACUAGCCAAAAACCUUCAAGGUGUCACAGAACCGCAUAAAUUUGCAUUUAUUUCACAACUGAACUGUAUUAGAAACUGCUAAAAGCACAUAUUCCAGUGUGCUUCUCUAUCAAGAAUUCUGCAUGGCAACUGUGCUGAGUUUGCAAUGGUCCUCAUAGAGAAGCAUUAAAACCAAUGCUUCUUUAUAAAAAGCUGUCAUCUCUGCUUUGUGCUAGAGCAGGGGUAGGAAACCUUUGGCACUUCAGAUGUUGUGGAUUACAUCUCCUACAAUCCUCUUACAGCCAUAAUGCUGGCAAAGCAUCAGGGGAGAUGUAGUCCACAACUUCUGGAGUGCAGAAUUUUGCCUACCCCUGUGCAAGGGCGUAAGGCACCCUCCUGGCUAUCUGGUUGGCCUUUGUAAAAGUGCCUAUGUCUCUUGAAAUCACCACUUUUAUGAAAUGAGAAGUAGGUAAAACUCUUUGAACCACUUAAGUAUUUCAGCAAACUGGAGGGUUUAAGGUGGUUUUAAGUGUUCCUUUAAAUAUGUGAUUACUCAAUAGUAAAAGUGCCAAAGCUAAUAUGAGGAUCAAAGGUCAGCAGCCAUUUUGAAUUUGACAUCUCUGUAACUUACUUCUCUUUACAAUACAUAUGCCGGCGCUUUAUCCAUACUCUUAUGCUUGGCCAAAGUUAUUGGUGAAUUCAUCAUGUUGUUUUCCAGCCAUAUUGAGAUUGUUGUCAAUUGUACCGAUGUACUAUGGGUGCAAAAGUCACAAAUGCCAGUAGCCACUUCAAAUUUGAAAUCUUUUUGUCAAUUUGUCAAUCAGCCAUGUGGUUUGGCAGGCAUUUUGAAAUUGUCAAAUUUAUUUAAAUGUAUUAUAUCAAAUAACCGCAAGAUCAAAACUUCUUAACAAAAAAAGCCUUUAAAAUUGGUGUGAUAAUGCAUUUCUAGAGUGCAUGUCCUUUACGAUAUAGAGCCUGUGUGUCAUGUGACCAGUUUUGAGAUAUCUUUAAAUAGGUUUAUACAAAAUAUAUCUUUUCUAUUUACUGCCCUACCUGUAAUAUCUGUGUAUGUGCUGUAUCCAGGGCCGGUGCAAGGACUUUUGGCUACCCAGGUGAAGAUGCAUUUUGCUGUCCCCCCCACUUCAAAAAACAUAAUAAUGCAUCUUCACUUGUGUUUCUCUCAACCCCUAUGCUGUGUUACUUAUCCCCACUUUUGAAUGUCUUGCCUGCUUUAAUGUUUCUUAUCCCACAUUUUUUCCCCUUCUGUGUCUCUCACAACCCCCCUUGUGUGUCUCUUACAACCCCCUUGUGUGUCUUUUACUCCCCCCCUUUGUGUAUCUCUUACAUUCUCCGAGCCCCUUUGUGCGUUUCUCUUUCCGCAAGCACAUUUCCAUGUCAUUCUUUUCCAAACUCCUUUUGUGUGUUUCUUAGCUCCAGAUCCUUUGUUUGUAUCUUUCUCACCUCACCCCUUCCCUAACCCCUCGGUGUUUCUCUUUUUCCUCUUCCCCAGCACCUGGCUGUCUCUUUUUUUCCCCCAUCCCCUCUGUGUGUGUCUCUUCCCACCAACCCACAGCCCCUCAGUGUAGGGAUCGACCGAUAUUAAUUUUUUAGAGCCGAUAAUAUGUGAACUUUCAGUCCGAUAGCCGAUAACUUACCGAUACCGAUAUUCUGUACAUUUACCAUUUUAAACAAAUAAACAAUUUCUGCACAAAUCUACUGUUAACUAAACAUGUUUAUUAUUUAUUUAUUUUUUUGCAAAUCUUUUUUUAUUAAAGGGACACUAUAGUCACCUGAACAACUUUAGCUUAAUGAAGCAGUUUUGGUGUAUAGAACAUGCCCCUGCAGCCUCACUGCUCAAUCCUCUGCCAUUUAGGAGUUAAAUCCCUUUGUUUAUGAACCCUAGUCACACCUCCCUGCAUGUGACUUGCACAGCCUUCCAUAAACACUUCCUGUAAAGAGAGCCCUAUUUAGGCUUUCUUUAUUGCAAGUUCUGUUUAAUUAAGAUUUUCUUAUUCCCUGCUAUGUUAAUAGCUUGCUAGACCCUGCAAGAGCCUCCUGUAUGUGAUUAAAGUUCAAUUUAGAGAUUGAGAUACAAUUAUUUAAGGUAAAUUACAUCUGUUUGAAACCAGUUUUUUUUUUUUCAUGCAGGCUCUGUCAAUCAUAGCCAGGGGAGGUGUGGCUAGGGUUACAUAAACAGAAACAAAGUGAUUUAACUCCUAAAUGACAGUGAAUUGAGCAGUGAAAUUGCAGGGCAAUGAUCUAUACACUAAAACUGCUUUAUUUAACUAAAGUAAUGUAGGUGACUAUAGUGUUCAUUUAAGGUAAAUGCCCAAAAUAUGCAUGCCAGUCAGAAUAUUUCAUGUUUUCGAGAAUAUAUGUGUGUGUAGUGGAUGCAGUGAGAGUAUUUGAUUAGUGAAUACAGUGUGUGUGUGUGUUUGUGUAGUGGAUGCAGUGGAUGUUUGUAUAGUGAAUGCAGUGUGUGUUUGUGUAGUGUGUGUGUAUAGUGAAUGCAGUGUGUGUUUGUGUAGUGUGUGUAUAGUGAUUAAGUCAAGCAACAAUAUACAGGUAGCGCCAAGAGAAAUACUUCAAACACAGUAGUAUAUAAUAAUAAGAACAAUAAAAUCAAUAAGAGCAAUAUUAUUAUUAUUUAUUUUUAUAAUUUUACCUGACAACUGGACCCAUUACCUACUGUGGUCAACCAACCAAAUAAAUCCGUGGUGGGGAUUAUACCACCCAGGCUUGCUACAUAGAGCAGUUAGUCUGUUCACUCUAUUGUAAGUAUAUUUUUUAUUGACCUUAUUGAUACUUACCUGUCUGUAUAGAGAGCACUAUUGGCUGCUUUUUUUGUCAUUCCAUAUGAUCUACCUAAUCGUUAACCAGUUGUGAUUUACCAUCAUUCUACUGUUUACCAAAACCAGAAGUAUAUCCUGCAAGUGGGGAUUAUAUACCACUGCAUGCUGUUUUACCUAGAGCUGGUUAUAGCUCUACCAUAUGUGAGUUGACAUCUUAUCUAAGUGUCGUUUGUCCUACUACGUACUACCAUAUUGCACUAUUGGUUUGCCUCUGUUUCUGCUUCUUUUUCAUAUUCUGCUAUUAAGUGAAGCUACCAAGAAAGCCCCAUACCAGGACUAGAAGAUCUAUUGGCACCUUUGAGACUGUGCUGUACCAUUUGGUAUUAUUUUAUCCUUUUAAGUUUUAUUGUGGACUCUUUUUUUAUAUCCUGUGGGUUUUUUAUUGCUCUUAUUGAUUUUCUUGUUCUUAUUAUUAUAUACUAUUGUGUUUGAAGUAUUUUUCUUGGCGCUACCUGUAUAUUGUUGUUUGAAUUGUUCUGGUUUUCUUGGGGGUUGGAGGGAUUCUCCUAUUAUCAGGUAUGCUGCCUCCCAUCCUAGUGUUUGUUUAGUGCUGCUCUAUUCCUUGUUCAGUUUUGCGUAUAGUGAAUGCAGUGUGUUUGUGUAGUGUGUGUAUAUAAUGAAUGCAGAGUGUGUGUGUUUGUUUGCGCAGUUAGUGUUUGUGUAGGUAUGUAAUGUGUGUAAAAUGGGGGUGUGCAUUUUUAUAACUUUUUGUUUUCUUUAAAAUAUAAAAAAUUUUAAAAAUUUGUUUUAGUCUCCCCUCCUUGCUUCUUACUUGACCAGGGAGGGGGAUAUGGCAUUCCCUGGGGGGCCCAGCAUACUCUUACUUCCCUUCCCAGCAGCUCCCUUCAGCUCCCCUGUAUAACUCUUGCGGCCUGCGUGCCACGCAGAGCAUUGCUAUGGUAACCUGUGGUAACGCUCUGACGGCUGCGGGACUCAUAAGAUUUAGACAGGGGAGCUGAAGGGAGCUGCUGGGAAGGUAAGUAAGAGUAAGGACCCUGAUGGCGGCACUGGUCUGCAUUAUCGGCAAUAUCAGUAUCUUUACUAUCUGAAAAUACAGAAUAUCGGCCCAUAAUAUCGGCCAGACCGAUAAUCGUUCGAUCCCUACCUCGAUGUGUCUCUUUCUCCCCCUCACAGCCCUUCUUCAUGUCUCUUUUUCCUCCCAGCCCCUAUGUACGUCUUAUUCUUCCCUGCAGCCCUUCUAUGUGUCUCUUCCACCCUCCCCAUCCUUUGUGGUCUCUCCCCCACUCCUGUGCCUGCUGACCUCCUGCCAUAUAGCAUGAUUGAGUAUACCACAGUGGAUGAUCUUCUGUAUCCUCUACCUGGUCUGACAGGAUGCUGUCUGUGGCUGUCAGUGAGCUCUUCCUGUCAGACCAGGUAGAGGAUACCUGCGCUCCACUCAGUCACGCUACAUGGAGUGAUCGGCAGGUCACCUGGUAAUUGCUCUCUCAUUGGCAGUGUGCCCUAGGCAUCCGCUUGUGCCUACUUAUGGUUGUUCCAUCUCUGUUGUAUACAGGAUCUAUUGCUUGGCACCUUCAUUGCUGCUUGCAGACCUGUAUCGUUUUUUAAAUUUUUAUUAAAAUAUUUAAUUUUUCACUUUUUAAUGCAUUAAAAUAGGAAAUAAUUUUACCAUAUUGGAUAAAAUUAUUUCCUAAUUUAAUGCAUUAUAAAGUGAAAAAUAAAAUAUAUAUUUUUAAAAAUAAUUUUUGAAUGCAAUUUAAAUAUGAGAAAGUAAAUCUGUUGACCUUUUCACUUAUGUCUCACUCUGCAGGUCAUAUGACAUUUUUAAAACAGCUUAGUCUUCAAAACAACAGGCUUGCCAGUAUAUCCGCUGGCCUGGCCAGACUCCCUGAUCUGUGCAAUCUGAACCUCAUGUACAAUAGCUUACGUCAUGUUCCCCAAGAAAUCUUAAACUGCUCCUGUGCACACCUCAAAGGAAACCCGAUAGGGGAACCAGAGUCAUUGCCUACCAUUGAAGGUAAGUUAUCAAUUCACAAUUUAACAGGGAAUGAGAAACAGAUUUUUUUUUUUGUUUUCUAAAAUUAUAUUUUAACCAGAGUUAAAGGAUUCAGUGUUGUGUUUAAAAAAAAAAAAAAAAAUGCCCUAAAAAAAUAAAAUAUAGGAUUUGUUUGAAGAUGGUGAGUGAUGAAUAAUUUAGGGAAUAAUAGUCUGAGGAAAAAUAUCACUAGCCAAAAAAUUGAAAGGGGAAAAUAUCCCGUAAAAGACAGGAUUGUGGUAAUGAACCACUGAUGCUCUCCGCAGACAUUAAAUAAAGGGGGAUGCAGUAGUAUCGAAGAGAAAUUACCGAAAAGGAAGGAAACAUUUCAGUUUUUUUGACCAUUUCUAAAUUGUAACCUAAGUUUAUUUUAUGUCACAGCAUGCAAGCUUGCUGUGUUAAAGUUUCAUAAUUAAAGUUUGAAGCACUAUCAUUACGUUGUUGCAACGAGCGUUAUGGACCACUGCCUGGACAAGUAUAGUGAAAAAACUGAAAUUUUGUUUUUUCCUGUCUUAUUUAUCUAUCCAUACCUUAGUUAGUUCUGCAUUUUGGUGCAGGGAUUAAGACAAAUAAACAUUGAAUCAAUAACGUAAACUUUAGAAUUUCAAAUACUGUCAGGGUUAUUCACUACAGUGAGAAUUGCCAGGAUUUCAAAGUGAAUUUCAAACGUAAGGUCAAAAUAGCCAAACUGGAAGCAUAGCUGACAGAAACAUUCUCCGGUUUAGCUGCUUUUGCCUUAAAGCAACACUAUAGCGUUAGGAAUAAAAACAUGUAUCCCUGACGCAACGGAGACCUUCUCAGUGUUUAGGGGAAGGGUACUUUACUUUUACUUACCUUUUCUCCCUCACCGCUGUGAUCUCUCCGCGGCCUGCCUGCCUGCCUCACUUUGAAUUAACUUUAAAUUCAUGACAAUUCUCACUUUAAUGAAUUAUCAGUGUGUAAUUUUAGCCCUGGUUCAAUAACAGGAUCUUCCGCUAAAUUAACCUCAUUAUUGGUUUACAGGACAUAGCUUCUUAAAAAUAGAAGGAUGAGCGUCACCUGGGUGGUCUCAAUGCCAAAAAAAGACACAAAAAAAAGAUAAAUCCUCAGCUUCUUAGGGCAAGAUUAAACUAUAAAAAAGAAGCAGAGCUUAAAUAUUUUGAAAGGAGAACUUCCAUUAUUUAAUAUCUAGGGCGGGACGGUUAUUUUUUUUUUUGAAAACCGUGAGUAGAAUAUCUUACAAAAUAUUCUCUCUGGUUGUACAUCUGCAGACUCAACAAAACACAUCCAUUGCACAUUUACAUUCAGACUGCAUAUACAUCGGGCCAGGAUAUGUCAAUGAGAUAUUGCAAUCUUGAUUUGUGUCCAAACCGAGUUAGAAACAUGUUGAAAGGUUUUUUCUUGAAGAAACACUUCAGGCACCAUAACAACAUCAUCUCAAUUUGUAUGGUGCCUGGAGGUCCAAAGCACCAUUUUGUGUAAUAUGGUUAACCCCUUAACCCUUUAAGGACCAAACUUCUGUAAUAAAAGGGAAUCAUGACAUGUCACACAUGUCAUGUGUCCUUAAGGGGUUAAGAACACGACUUCUGGAAUAAAAGGGAAUCAUGACGGAAUAUUUCCAUCAUGUGUCCUUAAGGGGUUAAACUGGUUACAAGAUGUCUGGAGUAUGAUAAUAGGCUGAAAUAGCGAACUUCUACAUGUCUAUAACUUCCAUCUAAUUAACACAUGACAGAAUGGUUUAAUUGUUUCUCUUCUGUUUUACAGAUGAGAUUCGAAGCUUGGAGAUAAAGGAGAUCCACCUAAAACGUGAAGAUGAUCGGUAUGAAGUGAUACACUGCAUCAUUAACUAUAUUUUGCCUCAGUAACUAUACAGAAACUCUCUUAUAUUCCAAGUUGUGCAAUACGGUGUGUCUGAUUUGCUGUGAAUGUUGUGUGGAUACUGCUUAUCAUGAUAUUGGUUUGACUAGUGGUUACAGGAUUUGGUGGGGUGAGUGUUAUUCAGUUGGAACACAUUUUGUGAUUGAUUUUUGUGCCCUGGGCAUCUGUACUAGACUAUUUUUGGAAUUGUGUCCAGUAAGUUUCCCCCCUUAACUGAAAGCAUUGUUUUUUUGUUUGUUUUUGUAGGUCAGAUUCUCACAUCAAUCUUGCUCUGUAACAGUAUUAAAGACAUUAAAAUGAUUAGUUAGGAACAAUUUGAAACUCUUCGGACUUCAAACUUGUAUAUAACGGAUUCUUGUACUUUGUUGUGCACAAUUACUCUGCCACUGAUCUUGCAAUCUCCCUUCCCACUAUUUAUGAAGCAGUUAGUAUCAGCUUCACCCAAAGCAUUUAAUAAAUGAAAGGGUUACUCCAAUCAUCGUAACCACUAUAUUUCAUUGUAGUGCUUAUGAUACCAGGAAUACCCUGACCUAGCAAUGAUUUAGCAAUGGUUUGCUCCCUAAGCUGGGUCCCAGCUGGUCUCAGAUGCUCCCUGGUAGUCCAGUGACGCCCUUAGGCUUCUGCAGAAUCCAGAAACAGCAGCCGUCACCAUUUAGUGGCUGAGAGCAUCAGCUGACCACUCUCAGCCAAUGUUGCCUAACUCUCUUUUCUGUUAUCUCUCCUUAAACUUGCCUAUAAUUUCGCUUAUAGGUUCUCAUUCUACCUAUUGCCUAUAAUUUCGUUUAUACGUUCUCCUUCCACCUUCUUGCUAUAAUCUCAUUUAUAGGUUUUCCUGCUACUUUAUAAACUGUCUGGGACUUUUUGUCUAAACUCUAUUUUAUAGCCUUCAAUAUACUUACCUGUAAUCUCAUUUAAAGGUUCUGCUUUCUCCCUUUGUCUAUUUUAUUUCCACUUCCCUUUAAGUCCUGCAUUGCUUUGCUUGACUAACUAUUUCAAAGUUUACAAAUAAAGAACCUAAACUUUACCCUGGUAUAGGUCUCUUAUCUGACCUGAUCAGAAACAUGACAGUCUUUGUAAAUCACAUUUUUUGUGUCAGGACAAGUAGAUUGGGCUACCACUUUAGUCCCAUGGACCAGUAGAUUUUUAAAACAUUUUAUUUUUUGUAAUUUCACCUGAAAUAACCCUACAUUAUUUUUUAAAUAUUUAAAAUGGAGAUCAAUUGCUGUCUGCAUUCAUAUACUGGAAUCAUACAAGGAACAAAAAAUGAAGUUAUUUUGAUGUCCAGAUACCUGUAGUAAGCCAUCUUUUUAUACUUAUUUGCAGUUUCCUCAUCAUUCCCAAUGGAUGCCGUGUCUAUCUUCCAUGUGGCACCGAGAUUUAUUUUCCUUUCGGAGCCGUCACUUCCACCAUCACAAUCUAUUUCCAAAUUCUGCCUCCUGACCAGCAACAUGUGAAACUUGAACACCAUGAUAUCCUUCUCAGUAGAAUUCUGGAGUUACGACCCCAUGGCAUUCAGUUCCACCAGGUGAGGCUACUCACUGUAUUUAGAGAGACAUUUUUGAAUAAGUAUUUCGUUUACCUGUCUUGGCAUGGGUAAAAAUUUUAUUUAGAUGGUGACAAACGGUGCAAUUCAUUUUUUUUUAGUUUCUUCUUUUUAUUAUUGUGGAUUUGUUGUGACCUUUGAUUGUCCCUCUGCUCACCUAUAUAUAAUUAACAAAUAUAAUGGACAAAGUGUUAUCUUCUCACUUGAGAGGAGAGAUAACAUAAUGAGGUGUUUGUGUACUGGUAGAGAUAGCAAUCAUACAAUAUAUUAAAUAAGGCUGGAUUAUUAGGAGGUUUGGAUAUAUUACAUAUUAAUCUUCCCUUUAUUUCUUAUAAUAGGAUGUGGAUAUUGCUAUUCCUGUCAAUUCCCCAGGGUCUUUGAAGAAGCGGGAGAUUGUAAUCAGGACUUUAAGUGGCCAAACCUGGACUGACUUGCAUACCACUACUGUGAAGAGGACCCACGAGGUAAUGUACUGUCACUUCAUAUGACAUCUAUAAGGUAGUCUCUGCUCACUUACCUUGAAUGUUUAUAUUAUCAUGUAUGUAUACAUUAGUCAUUAUUGCCUUAACACAGAUACAGAAAAAUGUGCAAUAAUAAAUAUUUCACCCAUCCACAUACAUAUAUGACAUUUUAAUUUAUUCUAUAUGACAUAAUCAGGAAUACAAACAGUUUAGUAUAGUAGGAGAGGAGAUCCUUGCUACAGUGAGGAAUCUCCAAUCUAAUCUACGGUUUAUAAAAGGUGUGACACUUACCUUGCUGUGACUGGCACCCAUUGUUCUUCAAAGAACCAUAAAAAAUAAAAACAUUUCCAUCCUUUUGCAUUCUGCCACAUCUCGUGACUUUAUUACCAUGUAAUGUAUCACUUUCACGAACAACACAAACCGACUUUAUACAUUAGUCGAUGUAACUAAGCUUCUAUUUUAUUUAAAUCCAAUCUAGAUGAUGGCUACUUGUAGAACCCUUCACUUCUCAUGGUUCUUUGUGGUCUCACGUCUGGUGGAAGAUCAUUGUGAGGUUCCAGCAGAGGGCAACACUCUAUUCUCCAGUGUGGACAAUGGCAUUCGAGUUUUCUUCCCUCCCGGGGCAACUAAUGACACAAGAACAGUUCGUAUGCAAGUUAGUAAUCAAAUUGUUACAUUUAAAAUGUCUCUCCUAGUAAUUCCUCUUUUAAUGUAUUUUCUUUCUUCAAACUAAUCCUCCUUCUUCUGGUAGGCUUUCUUUCUGUCUGCCUCUGCAAGACUUUCAGGUUUAGUGAUUUACCCCCUUUUUGCCAGGUUUUACCAGUUCGUGCAAAGGAGCUGAAGAAGAUCACAGGAGACUCAAAUUCCCUCACCAGCCCCCUACUAUGCUUAUCUCAGAGUUCAACUGCCAAUUUUUUAAAUCCUGUUAAAAUCCAGCUUCCCCUCCCACCAGGAGUAACAGGUGAGGCAUCACAUUUUUAAUGGUUUUUAUAUUAUAUUUAAAAUUUUUUAUUUCUUCUUAUCUUUGGCCAGGAAGGGGAGCAUUGAAAACCCUGGUGGUAUUUAAUGAUUCUAGCCUUCAUCUAUUCAAAGUACAGGUUGAAUACACUCUUCUAGAGAGCUUCAGCAUUGUCCUGUUUUGUAGCUUUGUCAUGGUAAUUCGUGGCAACAUUCGGAAAUGCAUAGCUCACAAAAGGGAUAUCUGGAAGUACAGGCUAGAGCCUCCCUGUUGCUCCCUCUCCUCUCUUGCUGUAAGUAGCCCUGAGCUGGUUAGGGUGAUAUUUUACCUAUCCACAGGCCCGUGAACGGGCACACAGCAAGGCUGGCACUUGGGUAGCAUCAGCUCUGCAAAAUUAUCUCUCCUGAUGGCCUUGUGCCAUGUCCAUUGUGGCCCACCAGGCAAUUGCCCAGUUUGCCAAUAUCCAAAUGGGCCUGGCAGGGCCUGUUGACGAGUGGGUCUGAGUGCAGAGCACCUGCAGUGCACCUGAGACAGGGACCAGAUGAUGCUGCUUGCGAUGAUGAGAUAAGCAAGGUGGGGGCAGGGGACACUCCAGGCAACCAGACCACUUCUGCCCAUUGGAGUGGUCUGGGUGCCAACUCCCACUACCCUUAACCCUGCAAGUGUAAGUAUUGCAGUUUUCAUAAACUGCAAUAUUUACCUUUCAGGGUUAAGUCCUCCCCUAGUGGCUGUCUGCUAGACAGCCACUAGAGGAUACUUCCGUGUCCAUAGAACACGAAAAGUGUGUUAUAACGACGCUGGAUGUCCUCGCGCUAGGUGAGGACCUCCAGCGUUGCCAAAAUCCCCAUAGGAAAGCAUUGAAAGCAUUAUUCAAUGCUUUCCUAUGGGGAGGUCUAAUGCACGUGCGCAUUAGGUCUCCCCCGCUGCCGGCCGCGCAUGCGCAAUAGGUCUCCCCAUAGGUGGAGCCUGACCCAGCGCCGAGGGACAUCGGAUACAGUCACUGAAGGGGUUUUCACCCCUUCAGCAACUUGGGAUGGGGGGUGGGAGGGAGAGGCACCUGCAGUGCCAGGAAAAUGGUUUAGCCAUAUGGUGGAACCGAAUUCCCAUAUUUGUUUGCCAAAAAGGUGCUUUUAAAUAGCCUUGUAAGAUUAAAAACUGUUUUUUUGCUCUGUUCUAUAAUCUGUAUUUUGGUCUUUACAGCCACAUCACCGCUGGGAAAUGUAAGUUCUGCGUGUGAAUCCAAUACCUUUUUUUUUAUAUUAUGAUGCCUAAACAUGUCUUUUGUUUUCCUUCUGCUUUGAGAAACAGGUACUGGUUUGGAUAGAUCUUGCCUGGUUCUCCUACAUGGAGAUAAACAAGCACAGAACUGGACAGAUAUAACAAGCCAGGUCGUACUGGAGAUCACUCACAUCUAUGCCCGCUUCGAAGUGGAUCAUUUCUCAUGGUGAGACUUUGCUCUUUGAGAUGUUCCUUUCAAGCCAUCUUAUCUAUCUCUCUCCUUGUCCAUUCUUUCUAGACUCUUUUUGUCUAUCCACUAAACUGGCAAUUGUGGAGUGAUGACAAGGGAAUCAGAAAUUUUACAGCAAAAGAACCGAGACCACCAAAUCUUAACUUUUUAGAUAAGAUAUUAAGAUAAUCCAAAACCUUCCAAAUGAUGAUCUUCAAAAAAAAAAAAAAUCAUAUAUAUAUUUUUUUUUUUCAAUGGUGACAUCUCUAGGUCUGUAGAUAGAUUACCUGGAAAGUUUUUCAAACAGAUUAUAAUUAUAUCAAAAAAGCUUAUCCAAAAAUAUUACAUCAAAGCCCAAGCUGGAACAUAGCUCAAUUGAGAAAAAAAUUCAAAUUUGGCUUUUCGACUUAAUGUUCGCAUUUCCUGGUUAAAUUGAUGACCUCAAUUAUUUUUUUUAUGUCCUCUCCUUCGAUGAUUUCUAAUAUUACUUAUUUCCCAUGCUAUCACAUUAUUGAUCAGAGUCUCCUCUUUGUGUUUUUUUUUUGUGUAGGUAUUGGCUAUGGUACACCACCAAAUCCUACGUCGGUGACUUAGCAAAAACUGUCUACAAGCGCCUGCGUAUGUAUCAAGUCCACUUUGUUGCUCUGCAGAGAAAGAGGGAUCCAGAGCAAGUGCUCCUACAGUGUGUUACCAAGAGUAAGGUGUGUUGUCAAAAACGUAUCGUUAAUGGGGCUUAUCUGUAUUUUGGAGGACAUGAAAUUGAAUAAAUGAAUUCUAUUGUACACCAAUAUACUAUCAACUGUUCUCACUGACUAGUUUUCUAUCCAGAGAUUUAAACUAUCCCUUUUAAACUCGCCCCUGAAGAUAAAGCUGGAAUUAUUUACAAUCUCCCAACACAGUUACUACAGGUUGAUCAUAAGCAAAUAUAACCCCAGAUACAAGAACCACCUAGUGCCACUUCAGUCUUCUGGUGACCUCAGUUUCCUUUUGGUUGAAGUGACAUCAUAGCCUCUUCUGCACCCGUAUGGACCACCAGGUCAGAAACUACUUGUAGAAGGCAGAAUAGGUGCUCUCCAUCUCCUGAGCAGCAUUUAUCGCAUCAUUUUAAACAACUGAAAAAGUGUUACUUAAAGGACUCUCCAAUUCUAAAUGAAGUUAUGGUGCAAGCAGGUACCCAGAGGCAUUCUUACCCCUUACCUCAAGGGGGUUAAACCACCCGAAGUUGCCUCCAAGCAGCAAUGUCCAUUUCCUCCAGACUGCAUCCAGCUCCUGAAUUUUCAGAUUCAGGAAGCGCAGAGUGCUGCCCGACAGGGGAACUUUGUUCUGGAUUGGCUAAUGAUGCUAUUGGAGGUGGAGUUACAUUACCAGCAAGUGAAACGCUGCACAUACAGACUCCAGGCACCAUGACCACUUCAAACCAAUGAAGUGGUCAUGAUGCUUUAAUCUUCAUCUUAUCCUUUAAUCUUCAUCUUAUAUUUAUGACAAUUAUGACCCUGAAUAAAUUAUUCCUUAUGUUUAACCCCUUAAGGACCAAACUUCUGGAAUAAAAGGGAAUCAUGACAUGUCACACGUCAUGUGUCCUUAAGGGGUUAAUGUCACACACAACUCUUAAUGACAGACAUCUCACUAUAUGAUCUCUUUUCCAAUGAUUUAAUGUGCAUUCUGAAAAGCUCAUUGUCUUUUACUCCCCCAGUACCAUAAUUAGAGUGGAACACCAAACUUUUACAGCUAAGUAGUGGCAUGUAAUAAUCCUGCAUGUAUCUUCUGUGUGGUUGUAUGUCCUGUAUUUCAUGAGUUAUAAGAAACAGGACUAUGUAAAAACCCAGUGAUACAACUCAGAACCUGUUUUAUCUCAUAGUUCUAAUGUGUGAUCUCUUUCACUGCUUGGUCUGCCUUGCUCUGUAUAGCAGGUUAGUAUGGCUUGCAUUGAAGCCAGUCACUAAACUUUGAUUUGUAGCGGAUGAAACCUGAAUGGCAAAAUAGGGGGAUCUGUAAAACAUUCUCUAACUCAGAUAUAUACACAGUGUUCCUAUUUUAAACUCCAUUUAACCAUUCUAAUUCCAUUUGCUACAAUUCAGAGGUUAGUGAACAAGUCCAUGUGGAUAAUUUUUUUUAGUUUUUUGUUUUUCCCCCCAGUUCAAUCAAGAAAUCAAACCUACAGUUAUCACAUUGCAAGAUUGGAUAUAUUUGCUGUAGCAGUUCUUAUUAUUUCUAAUUCAAUAACCUACCUAGAUGUAGACUUGGAAGACCUAGAACAAAGCACUUAUGUAGGGUGAAAAAACCCUUAUCAGUACUUGGAAACAGCCUUUACAAUGCACAUUUCAGUGUUCUUUAUGAAGCAGUAAGGAAUAUAUAUACACAUAUAUAAAAUAAGUAGUGUAAAGAUAGCACUCCAAGGACUUCAGAAAUAUGGUGAAAAAACUUAUCUUUAUUCAGGCAUCAGCCUAAGUGGAUUAACGUUUCAGUUCACUAAUGGAACUUUCGUCAGGAUCCUGACGAAAGUUCCAUUAGUGAACUGAAACAUUGAUCCACCUAGACUGAUGCCUGAAUAAAGGUAUGUUUUUUCACCAUAUUGCUGAAGUCCUUGGAGUGCUAUCUUUACACUACUUAUUUUAUAUUUAUUGCUGACCAGCACCAGGCCGAUUAUCUCUUAACAGGAGCGCAAGCAUUGGAUUUUAUAUAUAUAUCUAUAUAGUCUGUCUGGAAAGUAUUCAGCCAUUGUUAAUAUAACGAACGGUUUGUGCAACAUCGAUGUAACCUGACAGCCAAGGAGAGUGGACUGGAAUGCGCAUGCGUGACCAAUGGUGACUUCACUGUGAUAGUCAGUUGGGGUGCUAGACGCCAUUGAGUGAGCAUGUUUACUGUGUGGCCGUCACAUUCAAAAAGACUGAAUGAGAACGAACCUGCAUAAAAUUUUGCAUUAAGCUUGAACAUUCCUCCGUGAAAACUAUUCAGAUGAUUCAGAAGGCUUUCAGGGACGAUGCAAUGAGUGCAUCGCAAAUAAAAUCAACCAUGUCACCUAGUCCACCUACAGCCCAUAUCUAUCGCCAUGAGACUUCUGGCUUUUUCUUAAAACUAAGAUCACCUUUGAAAGGGAAGAGAUUUCAGACCGUCGAUGAGAUUCAGGUAAAUACGAUGAGGUAGCUGAUGGUGAUUCCAACAAAGGAUUUUGCAGAGGAUUUUAAACAGUGGGAGAAUUGUGUGAGGUCCCAUGGUGCCUACUUUGAAGGAGACUGAGGCAUCAUUGUCCUAUGUAUAAUGUUUCUUGUAUCUUCUUCAAAAAUGUUCUCUAUUUUUUUAUAUUACAUGUCUAAAUACUUUACAGACAAACCUCGUAUACAUAUUGAAUGCUGUUGCUCCUCAUUGCUUUAAUUGUUUGUCAGAUUGUUUUUCUGCAUUUGAAUUAUGGGCAGUGUAGGUUCUUUGUAAUUAAAGUGUAACGGAUCACCUGGCACCCUGACUGGGUACCUCCGUUGAAGGAUGCUCCUAGCACUUCCUGAGGGCUCCAAGCACUCCAGCUGACACCAAAACCACCGUAAACUCCUUCAGAGAGCAAGACAGGAACAAGCUCUUACAAGAGCUUAGUAGUGAUAUAGCAAGGGAGUAUGACUAGCAUAUCAAUCCCUUGUAGCAGAUUCCCCCAAUAAGAGACGGCACUCCAAAUUGAGGGUGAAGUAGAACUGAAACUUUUAAUCAAACACUCUGCUUUUAUGCCCAUUCUACAACCAUAGUACCGCACAGGGUUUUGAAGUACAACCAAUCAAUACGUACAAUACACUCAGACACUCCCACACAAAAUCCUCUCCUCUGCCUGUGAUAUAAUUACUGAACACAAUGAGUUAAUGUAAUUAUUACAGUCAGAGAAAUACAGUUUUUACACAUGUACUAUAACUUAAGUAUACAUUCAAUCUUUAUAAAAAUGACAAAUUAUUCCGCACACUUUAAUUAUAAACAUAGUCAAAAUUUAGCCAAUUCCAUCCAUGGGUUAAAAAGUUAGCUGGAAGUCCUUUUAUGACCGACCGCAAGCACAUUUUCAUGCCCAAAACAGUUCCAGAGAAUCAGGCUGUGUGGCCGGUCUAUUUCCCAUGUUAAAGUCCGUUCAAACAGACAACUUUGGUACUUUGGCUGCAUCCGAAGUGCCAUGCCAAAACUGCAGGUCCUUUCCCAAAGUAGUUAAAGGGCCAGAAACAGCAUAAUAAAAUACCAAAUGCCCAUAUACUGUAUUUAAAGGGCCAGGUCUUCCAGGGACCAUAAUCACAUGGCAAGAGGCUGGCAAUCAGUCUUCUCCAAUGCCCAAAAGCUCAUUUUACAUUUGUACUACAUGAGUGUGCAUCUUGGUCAAAGCGGUAUGACGGGCACACAGAACCCUCUGGUCUUCACAUUGGGCAGAUUUAUGAAAGUGGUGCAAACUAUUUUGCUUUUUUUUUUUUUUCUUCUUGUUGGUGUAUAAACCGUGUCAUUUAUUAAAUUGUCAUUUGUUUUCCUUCUUGUGUGAAAGUAUUUUGUUUCACUUCUCUUUUUUCCACAAAUCUUUGUCAGUCAUUUCUGAAAAGAAAAUUCUGAGAGGAAAAAUGGAUUGAAUUUAAGCAGAGAAAAACCAACACUUUAUAGACCAAUUUUAGAACAAUGUAAUAAAUGUCAAGAUAUUAUAGAUCAAAAAUAACAGACCACUUUCAGAACUCUGUGAUAAAUCUCCCCCAUUGUGUCUUUUUAACAUUCAUUAAAAACUGUGCAAAAGUUGAAGAUAUUUCAGUUUUCAUUGAAUAACAUAUCUGUCCUGUAUUAGAGGAAUCUUUUUUAAUUUCACCCAGAAAUGGAAUCUAUUCCCUUGACCAUUGCAAGUUUCAGAGCAAUAAAAAUGUAUAGUAGUGAAACGUUGCUUAUAUUUUGAUAUCUGCACGUGUGGAGUGCAUGACAUUUGACUUGUCUACUAACAAAGUCGAUACAAACUGUGUGAGUUACUAUACAUCAAAUUUCACCGUUCAGGUGUAAAUAUAAACAUGAAAUGUUCUCGAAUUGUAAAAUUUAGACCAAAAUAGCUGGAACCAUUUUUUUCAACUCCACUAUAGUCACCGCUUGAUUAUUUUAGUUCGAAUUUUGCAGUUUACGUGUUUCCCUUCUUAUAAGGGUUUACAUGAAUACGAUGGCCAAUACUUUUUAAAGGGCUAUAUUAUGUGUACAGAUGGUUUGUAAUAACAAUGGCAUGUUAAUAGGACAUUUAAAUUGUUAAUAUGACAUUUUAAUUUCUUGUGCAACAGUUGAUUGUAUUUAUAACAUUUAUGAAUGUUUUUGAUUUAGCAUGGUUUGUAAGUGUGUGUCUAGAAUAAACUCCGAUUGCGUAGGCAUGAUACAUGUAACACAGCCUUGUUUUCUGGUUGGGGGUAGGACAAGGGAAGAGCUGUAGGAACACGGGUUAGGAAUGAUUCAUCUAGUGACGGUUUAACCAUUUUAAUUAUUAGGGUACUGUCAUAAAAGCAUAUACGUUGAAGCCCUUUAAUAAAUAAAUGACGACAAUAAUUUCACUGUGAGUUCUAUACUACAUUGAUGUAAUAAAAUAUAUAUUUUUUUUUCCCUCAGGUGGAUAACACAGUGAAAAAGCUAAAGGAUAGAUACAAAGGCCCAGAGCCCUCUGAUCUGGUUGAUCUUGUUGAAGGAGAGCAGUUUUUUGCAGCAUUUGAACAAGGCCUAAAGCUUCAUUCAGGUGUAGUAAUUAAAGGCCAUCAGAACCCAGUUGCAAAACAGAACAGUUUGCGUUCUAAAGCACCUGCAUUGAGAAUUGUCCCAUGAUUUUCUCAUCCCCUAUUUUUAACAAAUAUUUAUUAGGAAUCCACACUGUAUUUAAAGAAACACUCCAAGUACCAUAACCAUUGUAACGUCCUGUAGUUGAUAUAGUCCGGGAGUGUGAUGGUGACCCCCUACCCAUUGUAAGUAGUCAAACCAUUUUAAGACAGUUUGCCAGUGCAGGGAUUAGCUCAUUGGCUGGGAUUGAUUAUGCUUUUAUGCCAUUGGCCAAUUAACCAUCCAUGGGGGAACUGAUUUAAAUAGUUGAGGCUUGGAAUGGUGCCCUGCAGAAAGUCAAAACGUUCCAAAAUGGUUAGACCAAUGAGGGUGGAGGGUGUCACAGCCCUACAGCUCAUGGUGAUGGUGGAGUAUUCCUUUUUAGUCUAUCCUGGAACUGUUUUGGCUUUUUGUCAAUCAUUGUUCUAGGCCCUGUUUGCAAUUUCAUUGCAGUAAAAUAUUUCAUCAUUAACAACUUCACGAUGCUUAACUGAAAUUUUCCGACAUGCUUGUCCUACCGUUAAGGACACAUGACGAAAAAAUUCUGUCAUUUACUAAAGUUAACCCCAGAUCACGGUGAUCGCAGGGUUAACGCUCCUCCGGUCUGCCUCUGUAUUCGAGGCAGCACCCGUUCGCGCUGUCCCUGCAGCUGUGAUCGCUCUGGCUGUCAGAGCAAGCACAUGUGAGCCGCCUCCCUGUGCUUCCGCGAUCAGUGUGAAGUGCAGGGAGACGGAUCGGUGCCGAUCCUCUACACCUUGUGUAAAAAAAAAUAUUAGAAAAACAAAAAAAAUUUUAAGUUAAAUCCCCUCUCCCCUGCUUUAAUAAAAUUAACCCUUUCCCUGCCAGGGACUACAGUUUUAAUUUUUUAACCCCUUCUCUGCCAGUUGAUCACUGCCUACAGUGAUCAAAAUACAGAUCACAGUAUUAUACUUUUUUUUUUUUUUUUUAACCCCUGAGGUUAACUAUUAUAUAUAUAUAUAUAUAUAUAUAUAUAUAUAUAUAUAUAUAUAUAUAUAUAUAUUAUUAUUUUUUUUUUUUUUUAACCCUCGGGUUCAAUUUAUUUAAUUUUAAAAUCAUAUAUUAUUCUAGAAAUUGGGGGAUUUACUGUUGGUGCAGCUUACUGCUAGUUAGAGGUUAACGGUAAAAAAAGUUUAUAACAAUUUUAGAAGUGUAAAAUAAACUGUAAAAAAAGACAUUAAAAAAUGCUCAUUAGCACUAGACCUGGAACAAACUAGCAAAAAAAUGAUCCCACGCUAAGGUUCAAAAUAUGCCUUUUUGAAAUAACCCAAGGUUUAUUCUUUCAAAAAAUCUACUCCAAAAUGGAACAUGGACACAGCACAAAACUUCAAAGUGAGAAAAAAACUGGCUGAGUCUCAAAUGUGCCUAUUCAACCUCCACAUGUACCUGGCAAAGGUACAUACGGGGGUAUUGUUGUACUCAGACGACAUAGCUGAGCAACAUAUGAAACAUACAGCCGUAGCACACAUAAUAUUUGCAAAAUAUACUGUGCAAACUCACUUUGUGUGUCAAAAAAAGAGAAAAAUAUGCUUAUUGCCACUACACCUGGUACAAGCUAGCGGAAAAAUUAUCCCACGCUAAUGUUCAAAAUAUGCCUUUUGAAAUACCCUGGGAUGUCUUCUUUAAGAAAUGGUGUAGUUGAAAUAUGUAGCCUGCUAAAGUGCUCCAAAGUGGGACACAGACGCAUCAAAACCCUCCAUGAAAAUUCACACUUAAAAACCUGAACUUGUCACGUCUUUUACAGCACUGUAACUUCACAAACUAGUGACUAGGUCAUACAUUAGGCAUAUUGCUUUACUCAGAAGAUGUAACUGAGCAUAUAUAUAUUUUAUUAAUGACAGUGGCACAUAUCAAGUGUAAGAAAUACUCAGCAAAAAUGCAACAUGUAUGUAAAAAUUUUUUUUUUCUUCCCUCACCGCAAACAUUGGCAUAAAAUGGUGACAAGUUAAGGUACAAUAUACACCAUACAAGAUACCCUGGGGUGUCUGCUUUGUCAAAUGGAAGCCUUUGUGGCAGUCACACUGCUAUAAUACCCCAGAAUGAGACAUAGGCCCGUCAAAUCCAUCUAUGAAAAUUCUAACUAUUGAAACUGAAAUAGCCUUGUCUCUUAUAUGACUUGUCUCUUAUAUGGCAUUGUAACUUCACAGAAUAGUGAUAAGGCAUACAACAAGGGUAUCGUUCAGUGGCGUACACACAACCCAUGGGGCCCCGGUGUGAAAACUGAUCCGUUGGCACUCUCCCCUGAGUGCUUCGUGUUCAGCACCCUCGCGCGCCGCGCACUGAUGCCGGAGCCGGAAGAUGACGUCAUCUUCCGGCUCCGGUAUCAGUGCAGUGCGCGAGGGACCUGGGCAGGCAGCACUCAGGGGAGAGUGCUUCCUCGUGCGGCCUCUAGCCAGCCUGCCCGGUGACAGCAGUGCCAGCCUCAGGGGGCCUUGAGGUGGCCAUCUCCUGGGCCCCCCAGGAGAAGAGGCUGGCCACACUGCACACGUGCAUACCGGGUCGCAGAGCAGCCGGCCCCCCUGGUGGGCCAGGCCCGGUCGCAGCCGCGACCCCAGUAUGUACGCCACUGGUAUCGUUAUACUCGGCAGAUGUAGCUGAAUACAAUAUGGGGUUCUGUGCAGGAAUAGCACACACCAGCUUUAAGAAAUACACAUUACAAAAACCUUGAUAUGUGUGUAUGCCAAAAUAAAGAAAAAACACAAUUUUACUCCAAUAUUUAGCAGAGAUUGGCGAUGAAAUUGCUAUGUAAACAGUGUUAAAAUAACGUUAGGUAAAUAGCCUGUGAUAUCUACUUUAUAUAAAGAUAUACUUUUCUGUGGCAAUUUUCUUAUUUUUUAGAUUUUUUUUUUGAUGGCUACUAAACCAACAAGACAAACAUACCAACUUCUAAAAUUGUUUCACAUUGAAAUUUUAUUUUGGUCCUUUUGUGUUUUUGUGUCCUGCAACUUUCAAAAUAAGCUGAAAACAUUCACAUAUUAUGUAGUCUAUAAAUCAAGACACAUAAAUUAAUUUAUUAAAUUACUUUUCAGAAGCUGGACAUAUUAUGCACACGCUAUUCUUGCCAAAACUGUGAAAAAGAAAGUUGUUUUUUUCCCCAUUGGCAUUUUUUUUUUUUUUUUUAUUAAUGAGAGUUUAUCUAUGUAUAUGUGACAUCAAAUUAAAGCCCCUUUUGGCCUUUAAAAAAUGGUGUGUAUGUGUUGGUGCAAUAAUGACAGAGAUGCUAAUUGCGUUUGAACAUAAACCGCAAAAAGUGCAAAAAUGGCAUGUGUAAGACAAACCUUUGAAGCUGUGUCCUUAAGGGGUUAACGGGACACUCUGGUCACCAUAACAAUGUCAUCUUAAUGAAAACAGAAAACUUACCAUAAAAAAGAUUUUAUUAAUUAAUUUUUUAAUCAAUGGGGAGCUACUGAUUGGCUUAGAGCAUCAGCUGACUGCUCUAUGCCAAUCAGUGGUGCCGCUGCCAGCCGGCACACCGUGCUUUCUGUAACUGAGAUUCUGAAGCCGGAUGCCGAUUGGGCAAGAUGCAGAUUGGCGCUGGAAGUAAACUUUGGGAUUAAACCGUUCAAGAACAGUUUACUCCUCAAGGUAAGAGUGCACCCAAGGGCCUCCUUUCACCAUAAUAACUUAAUUUAGAUGUGUUCCUUAAAAUCAGGUGAGCUGAUGAGAUUACUAACAUUUUAUUAUGUUAUUUCAGACCGCCCUGACUGUGUGAGUGGCAGGCUGUCCUUCAUAUUCUACUCUCGGAUGAAAAACAUGAAAGAAGUGUAUGUAACCUCAUCGGACAGAGAAAAUAGUGAUGUUAAAGGGCAGGUAAGGCCAAUAAAGUCUUCCAGAAUGAAGGGACCCAUUGUUAGGAUUACUUUUCACAACAAACCCUGCAUGAUCCAAUGAACACUUUUUAAUAAGUUUAUAUGGCAAUUUUCAUUGCAGAAAAGGCUACCAUCAGAUUUUCAUAGUGCCAAAUGAAAAUGUAGUAUUCAUAUUUUUUUCUUGCAUGAGAAAUACAAUAAUGAGCAUAUAUUUUCACAUAUUCUAAAUAUGUAUGGUAGGCAAUGUUUUGCAUAAAUAACUUGGACCACACAAUAAACACAGACAGUUUAUUUAUAUUUCAAUGGGCUUAGCCGCGGUGUUUAUUUAAAGCUUAAAAGGGGCAUACCACCAUAACGUGAUCACAGUAACAUAUUUACAUAAACUUUUCACUUUACUUCCAAAACUUUAACUUUCACCAUCACUUAAUUGCCAGUCAGUCAUAGCUAACCUGACCGCCUUUUUAUAUACAACCAUUUAACACACAUCCUUCCUCAGAACUUGAACCCGAGGAUGACUUUGCCCCCAUGCUUUCCAACACCAUGGCAUUAAUUAUAAAGAAAAUUAGCAAGUAGUGGAGGGAGGGCGGGGGUCUAUCCGUGUUUCUCCUGUCUUAAAAGACCGCUGACAGCGAUUGCGCUCGUGCUUUUAUAAUUACCUGGCUUCUCGCUCUUUUGCUUGCUCACGGCCAGCAACCAAUCCCCAGCCAGCUCUUGUCCCCAGCAACAGUUGUGUCACCAAAUCUGCCCAGCUACUUGUCCCACUCUGCCCAACAACCUAACUGGGUCAUGAAGUUUCACUAAACUUUCCCUAACUGUACCAACAGGACAGCUUAACCCUUUAUUGCCACCAUACAUACAUGCCACAGUGCUUAAUGCCUGUGGCAUAUUUUACAGUAAAACCAACUAGCUGGACCACACAUUUAAUUUCUAUCCUGAGAAAGUUCUGUUUAGACUAAAAUAUGUCACUGUGUUUCGAUCUAUCAAGCUUUUCUGUAAGCUCGCUGCUGCCACCUAUGUGCCACCAAUGGCUUGUAUAUCACUCUGUACAUCUAUAUUUGGAGUCCUUGUGUGAGUUUUAAAAUGUUUAAAUAUUACUUAUUGUCGUAAAAAAAACUUACUGUGUGGAGAAUGUUCACGAAUCUUUCAUGCAUCUUGUCACAAAAUGCUUUGGACAGUGCCUAUCACCCCCUUUUAAGUCAAAAGCAAAUCAGUUAUCCCAGUUUGCUUUAUAAAUACUAUACUAACAAAAGUGUUGCUUUUUUUUAUGUCUAUAAAAAUUUCAUUUUGCGUAAAACUGAUUUUUUAAAUUUUAUUUUAGUAAUAUUCGACAAUAGCAAGGAGCCCUGUGGUGGGCACCCACUGCUCACAAUGAUAAUUAGAUUUAUAUGUUGCCCCUCAGGUGUCUUUUUACCGCGGGUCGGUUCCAGAGGCUCUAGCUGAAGAAAUUACAAAGCACCGUAAAGGCCCAGAGUCUGAAUGGAUGGCCUCUCUGCCAAUCAAACUGCCUGUGAGUAACUUAGAGUUUUGAUGUCAUUUUUGUUCACAGUGUCAAACUAUUUAAUCUUUAUUUGUUCUGUGUGUACAGAAAUUAAAAUCAUCCGACACGGCACUCGGGAAGAACAGGAACAGUUACUCGUUGCCCCCUUUGAAUUUGGGCAAUGCUGAGAUGGGUUAUCUGACUGAAAGCAACUUGUUAAGUAUUGCCAGGCAGAUUGGAAGAGAAUGGCGGAUAAUUGGCAUGAACUUGAAUCUAAGCCAUGGUGAAUUAGAACGAAUUGAAUAUAAAAGCAGGUGAGACACGUUAAUGUACUUGGUAAUAUCCGAUACCUCAUCUCAACAUCUGCUGACAAAUUAGCAAUGCUCCAAGAUUGACAAUACUUAAUGAGAUGCAUUUCCCUUUGUCCAUACAAGAGAAACCGCUUAAUAAAAUUAUAGAAUUCCUUAUUUUUAAGGUAAGAUAACUUGCACAUGAAAUUAGUUCAGCCUGCUGUCCACGAUGUGGAGCUUGGCCAGGUUGUCUCUUGGUCACUUUGUCUUUGAACAGGAGAUGUUUGUGAAUUACAUUUCAUAUGAUGCUUAGACUUUAGGCAUAUGUAUUUUACAGACAUCUGGCUUCUCCAACUUGGCUACCAAUAGCCAAAGUACUGUGAAAUUAGUUUUUAUUUAUUUCUUUUUUUUUAAUGUACUAUUCUCAGAAAAGAAGGUAGUACUUUUGAUCAUCAAGUAAUGAAGCAAUAUGAGCCUCAAUUAGUAUUAACCUAAAAUAUUGAAUAAUCUCCAACGUCCCUGUUAAUCAAAACUACUGGUUGACACUGUAUGCACUAUAACCAUUUCAUCUCUUUGAAUUUGUUGUAGUUCCUGGAGUCCCUUGGUGCUGUCCCUCCAUUUAGUGUUUUUUUUUUUUUUCAUUUUCAAGCAGUUUAACAUUCAUUAAGGGUCUGUGACUACCCACAGCCCAGUUCCAGCAUGGCUAAAGCAGAGAUUGCACACUUCCUUCUGACCAAACCAAUUCAUACCAGAUGGGUGCUAUGAUUGGCUGAAAGCGAUCAGCAGAAACUAUCAGCAAAUAAAAGCCACCCCUUGCUCAGGGAAAUAUCUCAUUAGCCCAAGCAGCACAGAGGGAAUGGGCUGCUGAGGACUCUCCGUAUUAAAACAUUAAAAAUGAUUUAACGCCUAAAUGGAAGGACAGUGCCAGGGGACUCCAGAAACUAUAACCACUUCAAUAAGAUGAAGUAGUUAUUGUGCCUUUAAAUGAACACUCCUAGACAGAAUUGGACCCACUUUAUUAAUGCAUUAUGAAGAUGUUGAUUUUAAAAAAAUGAAAAUAUUCUUAGCCGAUCCUGGCCCUCCCAUUGUUUUCAAUGGGAGAAAUGAGUUUCUAGUAUAAAAGUAUACCCUUGCUCAUGACUGCAGUAUAGGAUCUCUUAUAGAAAGUUGGGAGAGGGUCUUGCAAGUUGCCUAUAUAUUGCCUAUUCUUUUAUAACAAGUAGUAUAAGUAAGGCUUAUAGUAGGAUACAUCACCAAAGAGAAAAUGCUAUAUCCAAAUUACUUUGUUGGUGUCAUGAUGCAGAAGCAGUGCACAUAAGUUUCCAAGAAGUCACAAUGUUUAGUGGCUAUACCCCACAUGCAUAGAUUAGACAAUCACAGCACCAAUGGCCCUAAAACGUACCUUCUUCUGAAUACAACCUUCCACACAGCAUAAAAGUUAAAACAAUUGGCUUUAUUGAUAAAUACAAUUAAAAACAGUUAUUUGAUGCACUAGAAUGGAGUGGUCUACGCUGAACGUGACUCACGCUACAAUAAGUGAUUUUAUUGGCAGCUCCCACCGACCUUUUUUCAUCUGCUAUCCGUGACGUGUUUCUGACUGCAUUAUAGGCUGUCUUAUAGAAAGUUGUGUGAGGGUGCUACCAAUUGUCCGUACAGGCUAGAUGGGCAGGGAAUCUGUGACAGCUGUAGCUACCAGAAUGAGGAAGUGAAGAAGUUGUAAAGGGACAGGUACCUUUAACAUAUAUUUUCACUUUGCUUUCUCAGUGGGGAUCUGGACAAACAGAUACUGGAAAUGCUAUUCGUUUGGGCAAAUAAAAAUUAUUCUCAGCCAGACUGUGUGGAGAGACUAGUGAAGGCUAUGCAGGACAGCGGCCGGACUGACAUAGCAGAGAUGAUCCAACAAAUUGUGACUUUGGGAAAGCAGAAAUACACUCAGUCUAUCCGCAGGCUCGGACUAGACCAAGGAAACAGCAGUGAAGAUUCUGCCAUUGCUUUGAGCCAGUGAUAACUGCACUUAAAACAGAUUUAUGGAACUUAACCUACAUUUGGACUGUGAAAGGACUAAAGGUCGAAUUUCGUAGAUUCUGAGCCUAUUUAGCAUUUUUGCUCAUUUAAAUUAUUUCUGAAACCACUUUAGUUGAUUACUUUAAAAAUAAAUGAAAGGAACUUACCUUUUAGUGGUGUUUCUAGUGUCUAUUCUUAUUGCACCAUGUUUAGUAUAGAAAUCAGUUACAUACAGUAGAAAUCAGUUACAUAAGUUAGAUGACUGAUAUCAGUGAGGCCCUUUUUGCAUUACAGAUUCACAAAUCAAAGCAGAAUUUUAAUUCAUGCCUAUUCAUUUUAGGGUGCUAUAUGGAUUUUAAGAGACAGAUGCCCUAUGGUACUCUGUUAUCCCUGUUCUAUGAUCCGGCUUUCAUACGGUUUGUCCAGAAUAGUUCCCUGCGUUGAUAUCUAAAUGGGCACUGGCAUCACAAGGACUUUAAAGGGAGAGAUCCAUGCUCAUUCUCGACCCUGUCUGGUGAAUUAUUCAGUGCAUUGUUGAAAUCCCUGGAAACAGAAUGACAAGUACAUUAAGUGUUUCUAUGUUAAAUGCACUGUGUUCAAAUUUCCUGGUUAGUGAAACAAAUAUUUUGUUUUAAAGUCAUAAUGAAAAUUUUACGGACCAUUUUACUGCCGGUAUUGUUGCCAAAGUCAAAAAGCAUGAUGUGCUGAAAAACGGGUCGAACUUGUGAUGUGAUCAUUUAUCUCAUUGUGUCAAGCUCAAUAACGCAAAGUUAGCGACUACAUCACAUAUUUUAAGGUUACAAACAGCCAAGUGAUGUUAGCAGUGACAGGUGUGUCAUUAAUCUAUUAUUUCCCUUACGGACAUUGCCGUUUAAAGCAGUUCAAUAUGGAGAUUUUAUUUAUUGCAUAAUUGCCGUGUUAUGGAUUUUGCUAUAUUGUGGCUACACUUCCAAUUUGUUUCACCACUAUCUUCAAUUUAUUUAAAUUUAUCUAAGGGCCAAAACCCUUCAUCUUGAGUGGUGAUACAUCCUAUCCAAUUACCACUAUCAAUCAUUUAGUGGCAGACAAAAAUAUAUUCUUUCUGUGUUACUAAGAUGGUUCCGUUAAUGUGUCGAUAAAUCGUCUUUGAAAAGGUUAUUGAUGCUGAAACUCGUGUCUUUAAUAUAAGGCAUAGGGCACUUUUUCACCGAUCCAGCGUGUCAAUGGUCAACUUGUUGUUGAAAAUUUUUUUUAAAAACUUUUUGUGAUUGCUUCAAUAUUUUUAAUGACUCCUCUGCCGACAUUACCUUGCCUGCAAACAUUCCAUACGUUGAAUAAACGUUUUCUAAAUAUCUUGUCUGUUGGAUAAACAUAUGGACUGUUUCUGAACAAUGUAUGUGUAUUUUAUAUCUGUG